AUGGCUUCCCCUCCAACCAUGCAGCAGGGGCAGGCUCUGGGCUGGGGGUGCUCAGCACCCUGCCUCUCUCCUGGCCCCCAGUCGCUGUUGGAGCUGCACAAGCGGAGGAAAGCCUUGACCGAGCCGGAAGCGCGCUACUACCUGCGGCAAACCAUCCUGGGCUGCCAGUAUCUGCACAGCAACCGGGUCAUUCACCGGGACCUCAAGCUGGGCAACCUCUUCCUCAACGACGACAUGGAGGUGAAAAUAGGUGACUUUGGCUUGGCAACCAAAGUAGAAUAUGAUGGUGAACGUAAGAAGACGCUGUGUGGGACACCAAACUACAUCGCCCCCGAGGUGCUGGGCAAGAAGGGACACAGCUUUGAAGUGGACAUCUGGUCCAUCGGCUGCAUUAUGUACACACUUCUGGUAGGGAAACCACCCUUUGAAACCUCUUGUCUAAAAGAAACCUACAUCCGAAUUAAGAAGAAUGAGUACAACAUCCCCAAGCACAUCAACCCCGUCGCUGCUAAUCUCAUCCAGAAGAUGCUGAGGUCUGACCCCGCCACCCGCCCUACCAUUGACGAACUGUUGAACGAUGAGUUCUUCACCUCCGGUUACAUCCCCACCCGGCUGCCCACCACCUGUCUCACCAUCCCGCCUCGGUUUUCCAUUGCCCCCAAUGGAUUGGACCCAAGUGGUCGGAAACCUCUUACUGCUCUCAACAAAGGCUUGGACAGCCCCGCCAUCGAGAGGACCCAGGAAAAGGAAGAGGAGGCCGUGCUGCGGGAGCUGGGGGAGCCUGUUGACUGCCACCUCGCUGACAUGCUACAGCAGCUGACCAUCGUCAACGCAGCCAAGCCCUGCGAGAGGCCGCUAGUGAGGCAAGAGGAGGCUGAAGAUCCCGCCUGCAUCCCCAUCUUCUGGGUCAGCAAAUGGGUGGACUACUCGGACAAGUAUGGAUUGGGCUACCAGCUGUGUGACAACAGCGUCGGGGUUCUUUUCAACGACUCCACUCGUCUCAUCAUGUACAACGACGGGGACAGCUUGCAGUACAUCGAGCAGAACAGCACCGAGUCCUACUUCACCGUCAGGUCCUACCCCUCGACGCUGAAUAAGAAGAUAACACUACUGAAGUAUUUCCGGAACUAUAUGAGUGAGCAUUUGCUCAAGGCAGGCGCCAACAUCACGCCCCGGGAGGGGGACGAGCUGGCACGGCUCCCCUACCUCCGCACCUGGUUCCGGACUCGCAGCGCCAUCAUCCUGCACCUCAGCAACGGCACCGUGCAAAUCAACUUCUUCCAGGACCACACCAAGAUCAUCCUGUGCCCCUUGAUGGCGGCCGUCACCUACAUCGAUGAGAAGCGGGACUUCCGCACCUACAAGCUGAGCCUGAUCGAGGAGCACGGCUGUUGCAAGGAGCUGGCCAGCCGGCUGCGCUAUGCCCGCACCAUGGUGGAAAAGCUGCUGAGCUCCAAGUCGGGCUCAGCUCGCGUGAAGCCCUCCGCUUAGACCUGUGGGCGCAGCGGCUGUGCCAAACUGUUACUGCUUCAGACAGAGGGGGCCUGGCCCCACUGUGGGGGCAAACUGGCACCUCCCACCAAUGGGCCCCUCUCUGCUGCCAUGUGCAUCAGGGCCAUAGGAGGGGCAGCAGUGGGGCAGGGGCCUCGUUAACUCUGGGCCGGGGCCACACAGGCCCCUCAGCCCCCCCUUCGAAAAUUGAUUUUAUUAGAUAUCUAGUUUUUCAACCUGUUGAAUUCUCCCUGGCCCGUGCGCGUUUCCAGUCUCCUUGGGAGGGCCGAGCCUGGGCAGGGUUGUGCUGUAAGUUAUUUGUGGGGUUGGGAUGCUCUGGGGCUCCGCUCCCGCAGGCACUAAGAUAUUUAAUGCUCUCACGCGGAGUCUGAGCAAUCCGCCUUUUAACGUGGAAACUAAUCUGCACCAAAUUAAACUUUUGUAUAUGACGCA